AUGGAUGGAACCUUCGACCGGGAACACCACUUGAUAGCCGCAGCACAUCACCUGGCGAAGGCCCUCGAGUCCACCACCGACCUAAACCACGACACGAAAUGGCUCCUAUCCGAUCUCAGUGCCCAUCUCUCCAGAGCAAUCGAGCUCGGCAAGGCCCACCGGGCCCACAACAGCAGCACUGCUGAGAUCGAAGCCCGACUCAUGUCCGCCGCCCAAACCAUCACGCGCCUGCACUCGAACCACCCCAAGAUUUGGGAUGCAGGGCACACAACCAUCUCCGAGUACCUCAAAGCCGUUGCCGAGGUCCAAAGACUAACAUUAAGCCUCGAGGACAUGGACCUGCCCAAAACGAGCAGGGAGCUUCUCGAUCGGGCCCAGAACACUCUCCAUUCGGCCAUGGCCCGGCUCGAGGACGAACUGGCCCAUGCACUCAUCAGGAGCAAGCAAGGCUUUCUCGAGCACACGGAGUAUGAGGAUUCGCUCGUCUCGAACGAGGAUGACUCGGUUAGGACCGGAAGGUUCAGCAGCUCGGAGAGCGACGUGGGUUACGAAACGGACCUUGUCCACCCGGACUCGAUUCCCCAUAUCAAGUCCAUAGCGGGCCUGAUGUUUGGGUCAGGCUACGGCCGGGAGUUCUGUUGGGUCUUCACGGGCUUCUGGAGGAACGUGCUGGCUGAGCAUGUGGCGGCUACCCUCGGUUUCGAGCAGCUCAGCAUCGAGGAUGUGCUUAGGAUGGAGUGGGAGCUGAUGAACUCGAGGAUCCGGAAGUGGCGGGCUGCGGUCAGGGGCAUUAUCGGCACACACCUCGUAGCCAUGAAACGGCUCUUCGACCUGGUGCUCGGCAAGUACGGAGAUCCCAUCACUAGCUCCGCAUGCCUGGUUGAGGCCUCGAGAGCCCCCGUCAUGCGCCUCCUUAAUUUCGGCCUCGCAGUCUCCAUCGGGCCCCACAGGCCCGAGUGGCUCUUCUGCCUGCUCGACAUGUAUGAGACCCUCACGGGCCUCCAACCAGAAAUCGAUGCCCUGUUCCCGGACGAGACGGGCCCUUCAAUCCGGGCCGACUUUCACGACCUCCUGAUGAGGUUGGGCGACUCGGCUAUGGCCAUUUACAGGGAACUGGAAAACCACAUUUCAUUGUGCUCGUCCACGACACCCCUUGCCAGUGGCGGCGUACACCCGAUCACGAAGUACGUCAUGAACUACGUCACGUUUUUCGUGGACUACGGUGAAACCCUCGAGCGGCUGUUCCGGGCCCAAGAUGCAGGGCCCGGCCCGAACAUCCCGGAUCACCUGCGGUCCCUGACGUCGGCUCUGGAGGCCAACCUGAACUGGAAGUCCAAUUUAUACAAUGACCGCCCGUUAAAGCACGUGUUUAUGAUGAACAACAUCCACUACAUGGUCCGGAAGGUGCGCGAAUCGCCGGUCGAACAGCAGUUUGGGGACGAGUGGGUGAAGGCCCACAUCGGGAAAUUCCGGCACCACGCGACGUGCUACGAGCGGGAGACAUGGGGCCCGGUGCUCGACCUGCUGCGGGACGACAGGAGGGUGGGGAAGUCGGGCCAGAAGGGGAUGUGUCGGGCCUUUGCAGCCGCAUUUGAGGGCGUGUACAAGAGGCAGACGAGGUGGUGGGUCCCGGACCUGCAGCUGAGGGAGGAACUGAAAAUCAAGGCUACCAAGAUGGUGAUUCAUGCGUACCGGGACUUUUUGGGGCGGGCCGGGAGCUCCGUAUGCGAGAAACACGUAAAGUACAGUGAACACGAGCUGGGUACUUACAUCCUCGACCUCCUCGAGGGGUCGCCAAAGUCGAUAUAG